AUUGGCAUAAAGUCAGAAAACUCCUAGGGCGCGCCGUGAUCGCAUUAUUGUUUUUUUUACGUCACUCUCGGAUUUCUAAUCAGAAUAUUUUUAAAUCGAAAACAUUUUCGUGGACACAAAUUGUGUAUUCACUACGAUGGUCGUAAAGUGUUUAUCGGUCGAAUAGUGAUGGAAAGUCGGCGGAAAAUCUGUGCUUUUUAUUCUGAAUAAUUGAAUCAAUGGAAAACAAAAAAGUUUUCGUAUACCAUUUGUACGGAAAAAAUGGACUGUGCAUAUUGCGCUUGUGUGUGAGUGGAAUAUAAGAAGAAAAGAAGAAAAAAAAAACGAAACGAAAUGUGCACAAAACAUAAAUUUUGUUGAGUACAAAAAGAAACCUCUGUACACGGAGUGUAAAAUGGAAUGAAAAUUGAAAAAAAUGUAAACUCGAAAGUGGAUAUAAGAGGAUUUUCAUCGGAAAAGAAAUUCUAAUAACGAUGCGAGCUAAACGGCUUCUGACUCGCCAGCAGAAUGAGCUUCCAUCUGCAGCAAAGAAAAGUCGUCAAAAACCGCUCCCACAGAAACGUGGUGCAUCUUCCAGUCGCGACACCAGCCCACCGAAAUCCGUUCGCAAAGUUCCGGAUAAGGUCGAUGCGCACAAAAAACCAGUCACAAAAGUGAUGCCCAAACCGAAAAAGGACAUCACAGUCAAUGAAUCAAAACCAGCGAACAAAGACGAUGCGAAAACGUCACAACCAGCGGUAGCUCCACAGCAAUCCGGAAAUGAUAGUUUGAAAGCGAACAAAAAGACGACCAAAAAUGUGAACGACGAAUCGAAAAAGAAAGACGUAACCAAGGCAUCCGGUGCGAAGGUAAAAUCGCCAGCGAAGAAAGAAACAGCAAAGCAAGGAAUCAAAAAGGUCGACGAGAAAGCGUCGUCCAGUAAAGAUGAGAAGGUUAGCAAGGAAUUGAAAAAUUUGGGCAUUGAUCAGAGUCCAUCAUCGAAUGACAAAACGAUCAAGGCUUCGAUAUCGGAAAUCGUUAAGACGAAAUCUCGUACAUCGGCUAGUCAAUCAUUGUAUGGGAAAAGUGCAAUCGGAGCGGACAAAGCAUCGACUAGCAAAAGUAAUGAACAAGGAAAGGAUGCAGCAAAAGAGACUGUAACAAAAGCGGAAACCAAUGCAGACGAGAAAAAGGAUUUGAAACCCGAUAUGAAGGAGGAAAAGGAUGUCAAACCAGCGGUAAAGCAGACCAAGAAAGAGUCUUCAAAAGAUUGUAAAAAGGAGAAGGCAACACAUGAUGCUGAUGCUGCAAAUACUGUGGAAAAGAAACAGUCGACACCUAAAAAUCAAAGUAAGAAAAUUUGUGCGGAAAAUAAGGAGCCUUCAACGAAGGCCGAUUCUAAACCCAAAGCCAGCCAGGCUGACGAUAAGAAAGAGGUUGAUGUCAAAAAACCAGCUACUCACGACAUAUCAAAGGACAAUGCAAAGAAAUUGAAGAAAAGUGAUGGCAAUGGCGAACAAAAGAAGAAAUCAAAGAAGUCUGAAACCGAAUCGGAGCAAGAUCAAUCAAAACAGGCAUCGAAACCCACGGUAAAAGUGGACGCAAAGAAAUCAAAAACGCCGAAAGUGACAAAACCGAAAAAAGAAAACGAAAAGGAAUUGGAUAAGGACAGCAAAGCCAAGGAUGGCAAAGGAUCCGGUCAAAAUAUCGAACAAUUGCAUGGCCCAUCGAACAAAGAAUCGCCGAAAGAUUUAACUAAGUCUGAGAAUAAGGAAGACAGCAAAGCGUCUGCAUCAACAGUAGAGAUUAAACAGCCGUCAUCGACAGUCAAAAAGUCCAAACCAGACAGCGGUGGAUCUGUAAAGAAAUUGGAGAACGAUACCCCUUUACCUGCAACAAAGACUUCCGAUGAAGAUGCCAAUAAGAAACCUUCGAAAAAAGACAAUGACGAUUCGAAAUCAGUUGCCGCUGUUGAUGGGAACGUGAAACAAUCUAAGAAGAAAACCAAGUCACCGAAGAAAUCCAGCGCCGUUGACAAUGAACCGAAAGAUCUAUCGAAGCCGAAAGAUCUAUCGAAGCCGAAAGAAUCGAAGGAGAGUUCAAUAGCUUCUAUAGUUCAAACGAUAGAGGAUGUCAUUGCACAAGCAAUGAACGAAACGGUGGUGGUGGAGCCACCAAAGGUAGAAUCUGAUAAAAUUGCGAAGCCGGUAAAAGCAGCUAAGUCACCGAAAGUAAAGAAAACCGAGGGUGUGAAGACAGACGGAAGUGCAGUGAAACGGAAAUAUGUGAAAAAGAAAAACAAAAUUGAGGAUCAAACAGAGGCAGGUACUACACGCAAAUCGAGCGAAAAGGUGGAGCAAGCUAAGGAGCGCAAAACCGAAGCAAGUGUAGUCAGCAAGUCAAGUGGAAAAACCGAGAAAGAGAAAGAAAAGGAAAAGGAGAAAGACAUGGAAAAGGAGAAAGAGAAGGAAAAGGAGAAAGAGAAGGAAAAGGAGAAAGAGAAGGAAAAGGAGAAAGAGAAGGAAAAGGAGAAAGAGAGAGAAAAGGAGAAAGAGAAGGAAAAAGAUAAAGAAAAGAAGGUGAAGAAAACUACUGCUCCCAAGAAGAAGCCUAAAUUGUGCGUCGAAGAAACCGAGAAGACUGAUGGUAAUGAGAAGUUGCCGCCUGUCAGUUCCGACUCCAUCAUCAUUCAAAGUGAAGGCAGCACGAGCCAAACCAAAGUGUCCGCCCCUGAAGUAUCAAGCAAUGUUAACGAAUGUCUUGAAGAAUCAUCGGCUGACAUCAAAUCUGUUCAGUUAACAGAAAAGUCAUCCACGUCAGCGGAUACUGCUGACGAUAAAUUCAACGACGAUACCAUUCCAAUUACAGAAUCGUCGGACUCUCAAAUCGAGUCUACCGACUGUACAAUUAUUUAUGAGACUGAACCAGCACAAACGAAUUAUAAAGUUGCAGAGCCACCGGCUCCAUCAAAUUCAAUUACCAAUCUCGAUCACGUCGAUGACGGCAACACCACCUCCGAACGAAUUGACAAUAUUUCGUCGCACAUUGAAAGUCCCAAGUUCAUUUCCGAGGACUCCGAGGACGAUGACGACGACGACUUCUUCAUAAAUCUUCCAGCCAAUUUGACAUCAGCCACGUUUUCCGGUCUCAACAUCGACAAACCGAUUAAGGACGCACACCAAUCCGGUUCAUCGGUACCGGCAAGUGUGCACAUCCCUGCCAGUACGAAUGCACCCGAUGAGUCGAAUGACAGUACAGCCACGUCGAGCGACGAAUCGAUCGACGAAAAACGCCGUAAAAAGAAACCGACCAAAGUGGCAGCGAAGAAGAAGAAAGCUUUGGAAAAAGCGGCGAAAAAGAAACCGAAUGUUGCAAGCAAACCUUCAAAAGCUUCCAAAUCCAAUGCCAAAGCUCCGGCAAAAGUACAACCGGAAAAACCAGUUCCCGCUCCAAUGAAGAGUAAAAUUUCGGUGAAAAGUCUCGAGUCAAUGAAAAAUCCUGUGCUGGAGAAGAAGAUUAAAGUUGAAAUUUUAAGUGAUGACGACGCGGCGUGUAAUCGCUUUGACGAAACCGAUAAUCAACCAUCGACAUCGUCGCAACAGGCGACAAGUUUUGCACCGAUAGAGCCGCCGUCGAAGCGAAAAUACGUUAGAAAGAAGCCGUUGAAAGCAGAUCCAACGAACGCUAACAAAUCCAAGGACACCAUCGAUGACGAUAACAAUGAUUUGUCGAAAAAGGAUGUGUACGACUUUCAUGAAUCCGGACACAGUAGCGAGGACACUUGUUUGUCGUACAAGAAAAAUUCGAAAAACGACAAGGAAACGGAGAAGAAGAAGCCGGUUCCAAUAGAUAAAACAGCUGCAACGAAGAAGAAAGUGGCGCCGCCGAAAAAGAAGCUCAUAACAAAGAAAGAGGAUCAAACGGACGAUGAUCAGAAAACCGUCAAAGUAAGCAAGAGCGAUCAAAAGCCCAAACCAACAAAAAUCGCCAAAGUUAAAUCGUCGCAACAGAAACGAAAACCAUCAUCCAACCAAUCUGAUACCUCAGACAGUGAUGACGACAGAGUGUUGUCGAAGAAAUUCGCUAAGAAGAAGAAGAAAAUGCCUGCCGAGUCAUCCGGAAGCGCAUCCGAAUCGGAAUCAGAAUCGUCAGACGGUGAACAACGUGCCAGCACAGCAACGGAUAAAAUACGACGCAAAAAAUCAAUGGACGCAACUGCCGGACCCAAACGCCAUCGUAUGGCCUCGUUGAACGCACUGGCCAAAGUGCAAUGUUUGUACGAAAAUGAAUCAAGGACGGCGCAAGAGCUCGGUUUUGUUAAAGAACCGAGAACCGUGCCGAAAGAAAAGCCAGUGCUUCUACUGUCGUCCGAUGAUGAAACUGAUAAAGUUAAAGCUGAAACUCCCAGUCAACCGGUUCCGAUUAAAAAGGACAAGGACACGAAGAAAGAGAAGAAAGUGAAACAUGUGCCGCCCGACACCAAAGAUGAAAAACCAUUGAAGGGUAACAAGGACGACAAGAAUGAGGGUGAUAGUGACGAUGGGGAUGAUGAUGACGAAGAAGAGGAAGAAGCAGUUGUUAGCAGGACACUACGAACAGGACCUGGAUUGCGCGGUGCAGGUAAAUUGUGGGAAGUUAGCAUGUCCAGCAUGGAAUCAAAUUCUGACGUUGACAGUGAUGAAUCAUAUGAAGAUAACAAAGCCGAGAAAACCAAACCGAAGAAGAAACCUCUUCCAAAACGUACGAUCGUCAAACAGUCUCCGAAAGCCGCAGCACCGAAAUCAAAAUCGAAAACCGCAGCAAAACCGAAAAUCCCAUCGAAACGAUCCGUUUCGUCGGACGAUUCGGAUAGUUCGGACAGUGAACCGGACGCGACAGGCGCCUCGUCGUCGAAGAAACAGUCGACGAAGAAGCGCAAACAAAGUCCACAUGAUCGAAAAUCCGACUUCAAAGAUUUGGUUGUCCGUAAGCGUAUGGCCAGUUUGAAUGCCAGUGCAAUGCUGGCCGCCACCUAUGAGGUGGAACGACAUUUGGAUCGUGUCGAUUCCAUGUAUUACGCAAGCUCUGAAAGCGACACUCUAGUCACACCAAAGAAAAUCAAAGAAAUUAAGCGCGAAAUCGAGGAACCAAAGGAGUCAAGGCCUGUGUCGACCAACGUUGUGAUCGUUCAGGACACCGACGUCACAAUCACCGGUGUCUAUGUCAAUUCAAGUUUGGGUUCCAGCCAGGAAGCAUACUGCAAAAUGCAAUAUCGCGUCCAGUCGAGUGUUACCGAAGAACGAUUGGUGAGACCGGGUACACAAGAUCCCCCGAAAUCUUACACACCGUUAAGUGCUUUGUCCUGCAUGCUGCCGCCUGGUUCGGGUGAUUCGAUUGGAAUCGAAACACAACCACCCACAAUACAACAUCAACCACCAUAUCACCAUGUGCCGCCACAUCAAAUGCCGCCACUGCCGCACCAUCUUCAGAGUCAUCAUCAGUCGCCCGAUUGUGAAACACCAUCACCGUUCCGUUACCAAAAUGUCUAUCAACAAUCGCCUCCCACACAAAUGCAGAGUUCGAGCGCAUUCUGUGCAAUACCACAACCAGAUGCCAGUGGAUAUUAUCAACCAGCUGGCCCGUUAAUUAAUUCACAUUUGGUACCGCAAUCACAGCCCGUUUCCACAAAAUCAGGAUCAUCUGGCCUAGAUGGUGAUACCGUACAACUACAGUCACCGUCAACGCCGGGCAGUGAAAGUACGGAUCGUGAGGUUUUAAUUACAGGUGGAACUCCUCGUCCACAAACAUUCCAUUAUCCACCACCGGGACACGGUCCAUAUCAACGGCCAAUUCAUCAAAUGCAUUGUCCAACAUAUCCGCCGGCCAAUUAUUACGCUCCAUACAGUCAGCAUCCGCAAGAUAUGUGCUAUUCACCACCAUAUCAAACGUACUAUCCACCAAAAGUUUAUCCCAGUUCCUACCGCCGAUAUGUAACGCCGUCUGGUACAUACUAUCAGGCACCGAACGAAAUGUAUGAACCGCCGCCACCGACACAGACACAGUCACAACAGCCGCCAAGUAAUCAGCAAAUCGUACCGACUGGACCACAACACAUUGAACACUAUCCGACGUAUUAUUCGGGCUACAGUCCUGGCACCGGACCGGGAGGAUGCUACAAUCGAAGUAUGCAACCUCCGUUUAUCGAUUCAUCACCCUACCAAAACAGUUGCCCCUGUCCGAUGCAAUCGUGUCCAAAAAACGUCCAUACUGGGCCUCUUAUUGGUAGCAAGACCGGUAAAGGCCCAGUUCAAUCAAAUCAUUUAGUUGCACCCAUUGACAUCGCUACCUCAGUAACACUAUCGUCAAACACAACAUCAGCCAGCCAGAAGAUCAAUUGCAAAACGGAAGAUCUGUCACCACAAUCACCGAUUGUGAUGGUAAAACCCGAAACGGAUGCUCAUCUCUACCAUCAUGCGAUGCCUGUCAGCGAGAUCACAAAGUCACCCGUUCGCGAUAAAGCGUACGAGAAAAUCGGUCAUGCACCGCCCAAUUUUGCGCUGAAUACAAAAGUGUUGGAGCCCGAAAUGUCCAUCAGUCCGGCACGAGGAUCGACGGGCUUACCAUUACCUCCGAUCCAAGCAAGUGCCACACAGCCGGCUGAUAAUCCAAACGUUGUGCGGAAGGCGCGUGUAGGCAAAUCCAUGGCUAGAGAAAUGAUGAUGAUGGUGCCACAGCAGAGACAAGCACUCAAUCUGCAUGUGGACAAUGAAAUCAAUCCACGGUUGAUGGCCGAACACACGGACAUAAUUAUGGAAGUGAAAAUGGAUCCGCCGUUGAUCAAACAGGAAAAUGUUAAAAUUGAAUGCGAGGACGACGUUGUCAUAUUGGACGGUUCAAAAUUUGAAACUCCAACCAAGAGCGUCGUUGUAGAGGAUCGUACAUCAGCUUUAAAUUGUGAUGAAUCGACAUCGUCGACAGACGAUAUUGAAAUCAGUAGCAAACGUAAAUCGACCGAUUCCGAGAUUAUAACGUUGGACGAUUCAAUGGAAGAGGAGACGCUACCAUCCAGUACAAUGAAGAAGAGAAAGAUUCUCGAACUACACAAAGAUCCAUGCAAGAAAUCACCCCCGAACAGCUACAAAAGCCUUAUUAAACAAUCCGAACCGAAACCGUACUUAUGCAACUCUGACGUAGCAGAGAAACAUGUACCGCGUGGACGGUCCAGGUAUCGUUUGAUUCGUGGUCGAUCGGCCCCAAGAUACCGCCAUCGGAAGAUCAUCAUCAAUGGCAAGCACAAAAAGGUUUUCAUCACAAAUCGCAAAGUGAAGCGAAGAAUCAUCAAGAAACAUGUUACCAAGAAGGUGGUACCGCUCCAGGCCAAGGUCGUCGAUAACGAUACCAACGGGACGCAAACGAACGAGGAGGUGAAAUCGAAAUCAAAGAUCGUUGCCGAAGAAUGUACUGAUGAAAAGACUGAGGAAAAGAGAUUAUUUAUGUCGAGUCUGGAACUGACCAUUGACGGUGUGGCCAAGGGCUACUUUUCCGAUCAAGAAAUCUUAGCCAAAUCAAAAUCAAGCAACAAACUAAAGAAGGGCGCUGAACUGCGCUCCAAAUCCGAAACGAAAAAGCCUCAAAUCGUCGAAAGUAUCGAGUCCAACGUCAAAAUGAGGGAUCGAUCAAAGUCCGCCACCAAAAAUGUCGUCGAGCCAAAGCAACCGCCGAAGAGUAAAGUGAAUGAGGAGAAAAGUGGCAAAGGCGCUAAGAAAUCGACGAAGUCGUCCCGUGUCACCGAUGAAACGUUGCUGGACGACUACAGCAUCAACAAUAACAACAACAUUGUGCUGGACAACAAUUACGGUAAAGUGCAGCGUACAACCACUGCGAAGAAAACGAAAUCUCGUGGCGCUAAAUUCAGCAAUAAAAAGAAGCAUCGAGUGCGACAGCUGCAGGAAAUCGAAGAUAUUGAAAUACCUCGCAAAUCAACGGCGGCUCCACGAUGGAGCAACGGUUGGCAUUGGGAAGGUGAACCAUUCAAAGGGAAAGUUUUCUUAAAUAGUGACGACGUCCAAGUAAUUCGCACCCGAUAUCCCGCCAUGAGACAUGACAGUGGCGAUGUUAUCCAACCCGGUGACUGUGUGCUCUUACGUGCUGGCAGUAAGAAAAACGAGCUGCCGUAUGUGGCCAAGGUGGCGUCGCUGUGGGAGAAUCCCGAAGACGGUGAAAUGAUGAUGUCACUGUUGUGGUACUAUCGGCCCGAGCAUACCGAACAGGGUCGACAGAGCACCGAUUGUCCGGACGAAGUUUUCGCAUCCAAGCACCAAGAUCACAAUAGUGUGGCGUGCAUAGAGGACAAAUGCUAUGUGCUGACAUUCAACGAGUAUUGCCGCUACCGCAAAGCAUUAAAAGCGACCGAAGAGGACAUCGUGCUGCCGAAACCGAUUGCACCCUGUAUGGCCGUCAGCGGGGACAAGGUGCCAAUAAACACCAAUUCGGAACUGGUCCUGUUCUGUCGACGUGUCUACGAAUUCCGCCUGAAACGGCUCAUCAAAAAUCCGAGUUAAAAAGAAAUUGGGGCCGAUGGUGUACAAGCAACUACGGUUGAAUGGGGUAUUGGGGGGACUUUAAUCAAAAUGGAACAGUAUCGCGGGUAUCGAGGGCACAUCAAAAUAAAAAGGGAAGUGGAAUACUGUGAAUAAAUGGAAUGGUAAAAAGGGCAAUGACGUAAUGACGGAUUGGCUGUAUCACUCAUAAUGUACGGUACGGGCAAUAGUUUUAAGUGAGAGAAAUUGAAAAGUGGAAAUAAAAUAAAAUUCUAACAAAAUGAGGUCUAAAGUGAAAAUGGAUUUAAUGAAUCAGUGUACGAUACUUCAGUUCAGAGCUGCGUUGUUGGGGUUUUUGUUUUUGGUUUUUGCGAGAGUGCGAAAACAAGUGAAAAUGAGAACUAAACUAAUAUUGAAUUGUACCUUCGAAAUGUGUUACUAUUUUAAUCACACACAGAAAAGUAAUGAUGGGGCAACGGUUAACAUAUUUUCCAAACAAAAAACAAAAGAGAGAGCGAGAGAGAGCGGGAGAAAAAUGUGAAUCGGUUUAAUAUGGCAACAUAUUUACUUUGUAAUAAACUUGUAAUAAUUAAGGGAAAACACUAAAGUAUCAUUAUUAUAAUGUAUAGGUUACAAUGGGUAGAGAAAGAGAACCAACAGCAACAACAAAUAAAAUUAAAUUAAAUUAAAGAAAAAACUGACAAA